CAUCCUGGGCGGGCUCUGGAGAACCUGGAUGGGCUGCUGCAGAUGCCGUAUGGCUGUGGAGAGCAGAACAUGGCGCUCCUUGCCCCGGACAUCUACGUCCUGGAGUACCUGAGAGACACCCAGCAGCUGACCCCAGCCAUCAGGAAAAAGGCUACCAACUUCCUGACCAGUGGCUACCAGAGACAGCUGAACUACAAAGAUAACAACGGAGACUUACAGCACAUUUGGAGCAGGACCAGGAACACUUGGCUGACUGCAUUUGUGUUGCGAUCGUUUGCCAAUCUACGCUUUGACCCAGCGAACAUCAAAGCAUCCGUGACUUGGCUGAAAAGUAAACAACGAAAAAAUGGCUGUUUUGAACAGUCUGGAACGCUCUUCCACACCAUAAUGAAGGGUGGUGUGUCUGAUGAAGUUACUCUCAGUGCCUACAUCACUGCUGCCUUCUUGGAGAUGAAUAUGUACAUAGAUGAUCCUGCGGUUCAUGGGCCGGUGAAUGCUAGCUUGUCUUGCCUCAAGGAGUCCAUCGGUGACCUCAGCAACACCUACACCACAGCUCUGCUGGCGUACGUCUUCACCCUGGCAGGAGACAUGGAGACCCGUGUUCACCUACUGGGUCACCUAGACACUGUUGGCUUACGAGAAGGAGGUUUCCUCCACUGGUCUCAGACAGCAACAGAAACAUCAGCCUCUCUGUCUGUGGAGACCAGCUCCUAUGUGCUGCUGGCUAAACUCGGUGCCUCCCCGACUGCUGAAGACCUGGGCUACGCCAGCCGCAUCGUUAGAUGGCUGACGAGCCAGCAGAACUAUUACGGAGGAUUCUCCUCCACACAGGACACCGUGGUGGCUCUUCAGGCUCUGGCUCUCUACUCCACUCUGGUGUUCAGUCCAGAGGGUUCAAGCUCAGUGACUGUCCAGUCUCCCGGUGGCCAGCUGGUGUUUGACGUGAAUCGGAACAACAAACUGCUCUACCAGGAGAAGCAGCUGCAGGAUGUGACGGGAAAGUACAGCCUGGAGGUGAAGGGCACUGCAUGUGCUGCGAUACAGAUUUCUCUUGUUUAUAACGUCCCAACUCCUGCUGCUGAUACCACCCUCAGUGUUCUGGUCCAACCAGAGGCCAACUGCACCAGCAAAAUACCCAAACUCAGUCUGAAUUUAACAUCUCUAUAUAGUGGAAAGGAGUCCAGUACAAACAUGGUUAUCCUGGAUAUCAAAAUGCUCUCUGGAUUUGUCCCAGACCCAGAGUCUUUGAACAUGCUCAAAGGUGCCCUGCUGGUGGACAGUGUUGAACAAAAGGAGGAUCAUGUUCUGGUGUACAUACGGGAGUUGCAGAAGGACAUAAGAAUCAACCACAGCCUGACGCUCAUACAAGAGUACAAAGUGCAGAACCUGAAGCCAGCCGUGGUCAAGAUCUACGACUACUACCAGCCAAGUGACCAGUCUGAUACGGCAUACAUUGACCCUUGUGUUGCAGCUUAAAGCAUGUGGUCAGUCCUCGCAUCAUCCAGAAGAUGCACAUUAUGUACCAACACCAUGUCUGUUUUGUAUUUCCUUGUUGGUAUUCUGCCACAACCCCUUACAGCUGUGUAACUACUGUCUGAAGUGAAAUGCAUUAUGGAUAAUUAAAUAAAAAAAAUGUGACUUCAAUGUCCUGUUUGAAA